ACAGACCCUAUACCCUGACUGAACUGUAAAUACAUUUCUGUUCAUCAUGACCGCCCCCUGAUGGGCCUUAGGCUGCAGCCUGUUCGACUGGAAUGAAUCGCAACUCGUGACCCCCCCCCCCCCCCCGCCCCGCCCCAUGUGGACCUUAAAGGACGCGUCCCGGCCUCUAAUCCCUCUGCAGCUCGUAGUCUUAGUGUUAGUUAGAUGCUCACAAGCAGCUUCAGCUCAGCUUUCAUCUGCUUGGAAUACCAACGUCACCGCCUUGACUCCAACGACCAGGAAGACCAGGAGGACCAGGAGGACCAUGAAGACCGCCGCUCUGCACAAGAAGAGGAGAGAUUUCAUCUCUUACUUCUUAGGAUUUGUAAUAUUUUUAUACUGCACGGUGCAUCUGGUUUCAUUCACAGCAAACAGAGCCCAGGAAACCCAGAACACCAGGGAGCGCCGUGCGCUGGAGAACCAGUCAGCGUGCGUCUCCUCCUCCUCCUCUGAGUUUCCUGAGGGCUUCUUCUCGCUGCAGCAGAGGAAGGACGGCGGCCUCGUCAUCUACUUCCUGCUCAUCUUCUACCUGCUGCUGGCCGUCGCCGUCGUGUGUGACGACUACUUCCUGCCGUCGCUGGAGGUCAUCAGUGAGCGCCUCGGUCUGUCUCAGGAUGUAGCUGGAGCCACAUUCAUGGCAGCUGGGAGUUCUGCACCUGAACUGGUCACAGCCUUCCUGGGUGUGUUUGUGACCAAAAGCGACAUCGGGGUCAGCACCAUCGUGGGCUCAGCGGUCUACAACCUGCUGGGGAUCUGCGCCGCAUGUGGACUGUUGGCCUCUACGGCCCUCCCCCUCACCUGUUGGCCGAUGUUCAGGGACUGCCUGGCGUACGCCGUCAGUCUUUCUGCCAUCAUCGCCAUCAUCUCCGACAGCAAGGUGUACUGGUAUGACGCGGCGUCCCUGCUGCUGGUCUACGCCGCCUACAUCGUGGUGCUGUGCUUCGACCUCCGCAUCAGAGAGUUCGUCCUGAGGAGGCUGAGUCCGUGCUGCCGCCGCCUGGCUAAAGGGCCGGGUGAGAAGACCGAGACGCGGCCUCUGAUUGGCUGGAGCGACGAGACCAGUCUGCGGGUCCACAGCCGGUCCAGAACCGACAGCGGCAUCUUCCAGGACGACUCGGGGUACUCUCACCUGUCCCUCAGCCUGCACGGCCUCAAUGAGAUCCCCGAAGCGGAGCAGAAGAGCGUGUUCUCCGUGCCGGAGGGCGACCUGAGGCGGGUCCUGUGGGUUCUGUCUCUGCCCGUCAUCACGCUGCUCUUCCUCACCACCCCCGACUGCAGGAGGCGGUUCUGGAGGCGCUGGUUCAUGGUGACCUUCCUCAUGGCGGCGGUCUGGAUCUCGGGGUUCACCUACCUGAUGGUGUGGAUGGUCACUGUUGUCGGUGAGACGCUCGGCAUCCCCGACACCGUGAUGGGCCUCACGCUCCUCGCCGCUGGGACCAGUAUCCCCGACACCGUGGCCAGCGUGAUGGUGGCCAGAGAAGGCAAGGCCGACAUGGCCAUGGCGAACAUCGUGGGCUCCAACGUGUUCGACCUGCUGUGCCUCGGGCUGCCGUGGUUCCUCCACACGGUGUUCGUGGACCAGGUGAACCCGGUGCAGGUGAGCAGCUCCGGGCUGCUCUACAUCUCCUUCACGCUGCUGCUCUCCAUCCUCUUCCUCUUCGGGGCUGUGCACCUCAACGGCUGGAAGCUGGACUGGAAGCUGGGGCUCGUCUGUCUCUUCUGCUACGUCGUCUUCGCCACUCUGUCCAUCCUCUACGAGCUCGGCAUUCUGGGAAAUAACCCCAUCGCACUGUGCAGGGACUGAGCCCCCCCACCCCGUGAAGAGCCGCAACUCAAAGAGCUGAGCAAUAAAAGGUUUC